CUCCUCAACGGCUGGGCACGCUGUCCCUGCCGCUGUCUGCCGCUUCCCUGGGUCUCCUUCUCGUGCGGCCCCAAAGUUCCGGCCUUAGUGCUGAGGGGGAAGGUUUAAACCGACGGACGCGGUGGCUGGCGAUGGACGCGGGCAUUCCCUCAUUUAUAGCUGUGUGUACAAGUGCCUCUUGGAAGUACAGAUAUUUUCAUCAUGCCGACCGUGGUGGUGAUGGAUGUGUCACUGUCUAUGACUCGACCUGUCUCUAUCGAGGGAUCAGAAGAAUAUCAGCGAAAACACCUAGCUGCCCAUGGUUUAACUAUGUUAUUUGAGCACAUGGCUACCAAUUACAAGCUUGAGUUUACAGCCUUGGUGGUUUUUUCUUCACUUUGGGAGCUGAUGGUCCCUUUUACAAGAGAUUAUAACACUCUUCAGGAAGCACUGAGUAAUAUGGAUGAUUAUGAUAAAACAUGUUUAGAGUCUGCAUUACUUGGUGUUUGCAAUAUUGUUCAACAAGAAUGGGGUGGCUCGAUUCCUUGCCAGGUUGUUCUAGUAACUGAUGGAUGUCUAGGCAUUGGGAGAGGUUCACUGCGCCACUCGCUAGCGACUCAAAAUCAACGAAGUGACAGUAAUAGAUUUCCUCUGCCUUUUCCUUUUCCAUCUAAGUUAUACAUCAUGUGCAUGGCAAAUUUGGAAGAGCUCCAGAGCUCAGAUUCCCUCGAUUGUCUUGAACAACUCAUAGACUUAAACAAUGGCGAAGGACAGAUUUUUACCAUUGAUGGUCCCCUGUGUUUGAAGAAUGUACAGUCUAUGUUUGGGAAACUGAUAGACCUGGCAUAUACACCUUUCCAUGCUGUUCUCAAAUGUGGUCACUUAACAUCUGAUGUGCAAGUCUUCCCUAGACCAGAACCUUUUAUUAUAGAUGAAGAAAUUGAUCCUAUUCCUAAAGUAAUAAAUACAGAUCUGGAAAUAGUGGGUUUUAUAGAUAUAGCUGAUAUUUCAAGCCCCCCAGUUCUGUCUAGGCAUCUGGUCCUGCCCAUUGCUCUUAACAAAGAAGGUGAUGAGGUAGGUACAGGCAUCACUGAUGAUAAUGAAGAUGAAAAUUCAGCUAAUCAGAUUGCUGGCAAAAUACCCAACUUUUGUGUCCUGCUCCAUGGCAGCCUGAAAGUAGAAGGAAUGGUGGCAAUUGUUCAGUUAGGUCCUGAGUGGCAUGGGAUGCUAUACUCUCAAGCCGACAGCAAGAAGAAAUCAAAUCUCAUGAUGUCUCUCUUUGAGCCUGGCCCAGAACCUCUCCCUUGGUUGGGGAAAAUGGCACAACUGGGGCCUAUUUCAGAUGCCAAAGAAAAUCCUUAUGGUGAAGAUGAUAACAAGAGUCCUUUCCCCUUGCAACCUAAAAACAAGCGCAGCUACGCCCAGAAUGUGACUGUGUGGAUUAAGCCGAGUGGUUUACAGACAGAUGUACAAAAGAUUUUAAGAAAUGCAAGAAAACUGCCUGAAAAAACACAAACAUUCUAUAAGGAGUUAAACCGUUUACGAAAGGCUGCCCUGGCAUUUGGCUUCCUGGAUCUCUUGAAGGGAGUAGCUGACAUGCUAGAAAGGGAGUGCACCCUCCUUCCUGACACAGCCCACCCUGAUGCUGCAUUCCAGCUAUCUCAUGCUGCCAGGCAACUCAAACUAGCCAGUACCGGUACCUCAGAUUACACAGCUUAUGAUCACAAUAUCACCCCCCUUCAGACAGACUUUUCUGGAAGCAGCACUGAAAGAAUGUGAAGUUGGCUUGUUUGGGGAACAUUUUCUUUGAGAGAGAGACUUCCAAAGUGGGAAGAGGAGUCAGGAAAUGAAAACCUGUAUCUAAAGAAUCUCCCCCCAAAAUUCCUAGAAGUAGUUAACUCCUUAGCUUCCAUGGUGGGGAGAAAUGUGUCCAAGGCUCUGGUUUCUGAAGGACACUAGUUGUUUGUGCUAUGCAAACUUCCUAGGCAGCUUUGGCUGGGAGUGGAGCUCUCUAGAUCCUCGAGCAGCUGUAUGGAAACUCACCAGUAGGAGCUUUCCCUCCCUGACCUCCAGAAAGGGGUUUGCUCUCCUGCUUUAAAAGCCAACCAGCAAAAGGACAGGAAUUUUCUCUAACAUCUGCACUUGGAAUGAACAACUCAGACAACCAAGAGAUUGCCCUUGUUAAACCUUAAGUAAAAUGGUGAUACUGAUGAUGCUGUUUAAGAUGCAGUUUUAAAAAAUGAUACAUAUAGUACAUAUAAAAAUGAUUGGGGCUUUUUUUUUAAGUUUUAAGGUAAAUGAACAAUAAAAGCCUUGAUUUUAUAAAAUGGUUUCACUUGGAGACUAAUACUUCCAAUUUCAUUUGUUUUCCAACCUAUUUACCAAGUAUAAUUUCAAUUUCCUUAUAAUUAACCCAUCAAUAUUUAAGUCUUAAUCUACAGGAUUUUAAGAGUUUACUGAAACAGUACAGGUCUCAAACAACACGUCCCCUUGAAUUGCGCUUUGGGUUAGGCUGUUUGUGCACAAGUUUAUUACCUUCCUAAUCACUGCAUAUAGGCCAAGGUUCAGUCAAAAUCAAGUUCUGGCAAAAUGAAAGAAAAAUCUAAGGUAGGAAUAGUUAUGUAAUUUUUUUAAAAAAUGGCACUGAAUUGAGAAUGAGGAGAUCUGCGUUCUUGUCCCAGCUUUGUCACAAACUAGAUAUGAACUCAAGCAGCAACUCCAUCCAUCUUCAGCUGAUCUACAAAAAUGAGAGGACUGGACUUCAGGGGUUCUUGACCUUCUUUGUCAUGACCCACUUCCACAAUGCCUUUAGAUGCGUAAAACAAAAUGUAUAGGCGUAAAAAGGAGACCAAUUAUUUUGAAAUAGUCAUCAAAAUAUUUUUUUAAAAAGCCAAAUUCAAGGACUUGGAACCCGUGGACUAGAUGAUCUCUAUGAUCUCUUACAGCUGUUUCAGUGACUAUGCCACUCAGAGCCUCUGAAAACGUGGACAAGCAACAUUUCCCAUCGUUGGCUGGCUGUUCCAUAGUUUCCUAUGGAAGCAACAUUGUGCCCAAUAUGGAAGAAUGUCUUAGAUAAAAGUUUUAUGAAAAUAAAAGUUAGAAUGAGU